GAGAGAAAAGUUUUCGCUGCCAAACAACACGAAAUUUUCACGCACACACACAUCAGCAGCACAGUGCAGGCACGUUGAGAAAAUUCGGGAAAAAAACGUCUGCAGAUCGUUUGUCGGAAAAUGUUUUGAGCUUGAGCUUGGGUUAGGGACUCCGAUUUCAAGUGGUUGGACAUACAGUGAGCUGGAUAUGUGUGUGGAUGGCCAGGACAGGUGGCCUGAGCCGAGCUAACGGGCUAACGGGGAAUGGUAUGUGUGGUACAUGUGCGGUGCCUGUGUGUGCGUGUGCGGUGCCCGUGUGUGAGUGCUGAAAAGUAGGCUACAAAAUAAGUUCUGGCUCGUAUUUAUGUCGCGCUUCCGCCCGAUCUUCAAGCACCACCGCCAGCAGGAGCAGGAGCAGCAGCAGCAGCAGCAGUCAGUACAAGUGGAGCAGCAGGAAGAAACAUGACCUGGUCCUGGGCAUGGCCCUGGUGGCGCCUCUGCCUGAGCCUCAUUUCCAUGCUCAUCUGGCAUGCCCCCAGCGCCCAUCUGCAGCCUGCCGAGAACAUCAACUACAAUCUCGUUCACUCCUGGGCCGACAAACUGGGCAUGGAACUGUUUCAUCUGGGCGAUUUUAUCACCAGGCGCAAGGAGGUGCAGGAGAGUUUCAAGGAUGCCAAAGUGGUUCAGCGCGUUGGAGCCUCCAUAGUUGAUUCGAUGGCCAAGGAAAUAGAAAUGAUGAUGGACCUGAAGGUCAGCGCUGUGCGGCGCAUUAUGGACACAGCUGAGAACACGGCUCUGUCCCAUCAGAACGAUAUGGCGGAUAAGAUGUUCUCCUACUACAAUGCCAAGGAGAUGUUAGAGCCGGGUGAUCCCGUGCCCCCGAUUCCAACACCAGCCCCUGAUAUGGACAAGGACAUCGGGGAGCCGUUGAUCUACGUGCAACCCAAGGUGGUGGUGCUGGAGCCACGGCCGGAGUUCCACAAUACACCGGUCAACUUCAGUGUUAGCUCGGUGCAUGUGCCCGUGAAUGUGUUCGAUCGAGCACCGGAUGUGAUAAAGGCGAUACAAUGGUCGGAGAAUUUGGAUCAGAUAUUCCGCGAUAAUUACAAGAAUGAUCCGACAUUGUCGUGGCAAUUUUUUGGCAGUUCGACCGGCUUUAUGCGUCAAUUCCCUGCAUCCAAAUGGAAGAAGGACGUACCGGUCGAUCUAUACGAUUGCCGGCUACGCUCCUGGUAUAUGGAGGCGGCGACGAGUCCAAAGGAUAUUGUCAUCCUAAUGGAUGGAUCCGGUUCAAUGUUGGGACAGAGGCUAGAUAUCGCAAAGCAUGUUGUCAAUACGAUACUCGAUACAUUAGGUACAAAUGACUUUGUGAACAUCUUCACCUUUGAUAAGGAAGUGAGCCCAGUUGUCGGAUGUUUCGAGGAUACACUGAUUCAAGCAACUUUGGGCAACAUUCGUGAACUGAAAGAAGGGAUCGAAAACUUUGGACCCAAAUCGAUCGCCAAUUAUACCGCUGCAUUGACAAGAGCAUUCGAGAUAUUGGAAGAGGCGAAGUCGACGUCGCGCGGUGCGCAAUGCAAUCAGGCGAUCAUGAUCAUUGGGGAUGGGGCGCCGGAGAACAAUCGCGAGGUCUUCGAGUUGCACAAUUGGCGGGAUCCGCCCUAUAAGCCGGUGCGGGUCUUUACCUAUCUGAUUGGCAAAGAGGUGGCUAAUUGGGAUGAUAUACGGUGGAUGGCAUGCGAGAAUCAGGGCUAUUAUGUGCAUCUCAGCGACACCGCUGAGGUCCGCGAGAUGGUCCUAAACUAUAUACCGGUUAUGGCCCGGCCCCUUGUUUUGGGUAGGCACGAUCAUCCGGUCAUUUGGACGCAGGUCUAUGCGGACAUUGAGGAUACAAAGCUGUCCGACCAUCUGUGGGAGAUCAAGCAGUGCGAGGAGCAGAAGGCGGACGUCCUCGAGUACUGGCAGGUGCACGACCGGAUGCUGGAGCCCAGCGAGAUGCACAGACGCGAGUAUCGGCGUAUAAAGGAAACCUGGAACCAGCCCGUCGACUCGAAUGUCUAUCAAUUCAUGACCACCGUUUCGAUGCCCAUUUACGAUCGACGCGAGAAUGCGCUCAUUAAUCUAACGACCGAUAUAAAUCCGGCUGCGAAAAUAAACCUUCAAGUUACAAGGAUUGCAAACAUACUGGGCGUGGCCGGCACCGACGUGCCCAUCAAUGAAAUCAAAAAGCUGCUGUCGCCAUUUAUGCUGGGCGUGAAUGGCUACGCGUUUAUAGUAACCAACAACGGUUAUGUACUAUUCCAUCCAGACUUUCGUCCAAUUUUCCAAGGUUAUAUACUGAAACCAGCAUACAAUAGCGUGGACAUGAUUGAAGUUGAGCUGUUGGAUGACGAUCGACCCGCCAGAGACUUCAAUCCAGUGCUGAUGACGAUACGCGAUUCUAUAAUCAAUCAAUCGACUGGCAGCAAAUGGAUGUUGGUCAAAAAUCAUUUCGAUGAAAUGAAACGGGUGACUCGCAUCAAGCGGCAGUAUUACUGGACAGCCAUCAAGAACACACCAUUCACAUUGGUCAUCUCCUAUCCGGAGCAGUACGGCGUCAGUCGCAUAGAUAUACGGUCCGAGCAGGACAUCCAUCGCGUCAAUAUCAAGGGCACAAACAUACGCAGCUUCUUCGAUGGCAAGCGAUGGAAAAUACAUCCAGAUUGGCUAUUUUGCAAGCACAGCAACAGGACAUUCAGAACGCCAGAGACAGAACUUUUGUACUUUCUCGAGCGUAUGACUGAGCCUGGCUGGCGAUGGCCAGCGAGUCGAAGCGCUAUGCCCCCGGAGCAUACAGCUGCCAUGUUCUCUAACAACUCAUCAACUGGCCGCUAUCCAUCAAUCAAUGAAAAAGAAAGCUACUAUUGCGAUAGGCAGCUGAUGCAGGCCCUGGUCUUCGAUGCCGGCGUCACCGAGUGGUUCUCUAAGAAUUCCAGCUUCAACUCCAAGGAGGACAAGAGCACAAGCGCAUCAAGCCCAAUAGCCGUUCUAAUGGGUUUGCUGCCAAGAAACGAAUUCAAGCAGCGUUUUGGCGUCACCGUCGCCUUCCUGGCCACCCACAGCGGCCUCACACGCUGGCACGAGUUCAACUUGGCCGAGGAGCCAAGUGUCGGUGAGACCUUCAGCCAGAAAAACAAACGCGCCAUCGAUGAGAUCUGGUACAAGCGCGCCGUGGAACAACAUUUUGUACGGGCGGAAAGCUUUGUCUACUCCGUGCCCUUCGAUGCGGGCGAAAGCAACUCUGAGAUCCUUGUAACUGCCAGUCAUGCCAUCUUCCAUAAUGAGGGCGGCAAAUCCGCACCGGCGGCCGUUGUGGGCUUCCAGUUUCAGCACUCGGCGCUCUAUAAGCUCUUCCACAAUAUCACCGGCAACGCCUGUGCCGUGGAUGACAAAGACUGCUAUAUACUGGACAACAAUGGCUAUGUGAUCAUCUCGACGAGAGUGCACGAAACGGGCAGAUUCUUCGGCGAGGUCAAUGGGGCGAUUAUGAAGCGUCUGCUGGAGGAGAACGUCUACAAGCGGGUCUUCGUCUAUGACUACCAGGCAGUGUGCUUCGAGUCCAGGGGCGACAACAAUGCAUCCAGCAUGCUGCUAUCGCCACUUUAUCAUGUUCUUCGACUGAGCAAAUGGCUGCUGCAUACGGCGCUGUGGUAUAUUGUGCAACUGAUGCAACUGGCGCCCGGGGUGUCCGCCCACUACGCUGAAAUGUACAGCGACAUGAACGGCACUGAGCCGGAGCCAGAGCACCACCACAAUGGUCAUGGCAAGAAGUCGGAAACCGAGGAGCAUUGGCUCCGUUAUCUGACGCUGCACCGGACACGCCUCAAGUCCUGCGACAUGCAGCGAGAGCUCUACACGCUCUACAACGAGAAGGACAACGUUGUCUACAAUAUGACAGCGCACGCAUGCGAGCGGCCAUUUGUCGUCCUGCCCAUACCGUUCAGCAACCUCAUACUACUGGUCGUCGACCAGCUCUGUCCGCGGGACGCUGCCCUCGUGCUGACGGUCAAUCCGCAGACCAUCGACUAUCAUCUGUCGGUGAACGAUUCGCUGGCCUGCUACAAGCACGCCCGCGAGUUCAACCGCGUGCGGCCCCAGAGCUGCAUCAGUCGGCAUGCGAAUGAGAGCAACAUCAAGCUAUGCGGCAAGGCCUGCUCCCUCUAUGCGAACCUCGCCCUCUUACUGUUCUGCCAUAUCCUGAGUCGCUGGCUGUAACGGCAAUCGAUCAGAUUAGCUUAAAUCUAGGCAAUACGUUUUUGUAUCAUAUUGUACGAGUAUAGGACCCCCAGCCCCUCUCCCGCCCCACGACCCAACAGCAAUCCCCAGAACAAAGGAAUUUUUUUACUCUCAAUGCUUGAGCGCAGUUAAAUAAUACUUAAAAAUAUUUUUGGUCACCUAGAGAAAAUUUUCCAAAUUAGUUCUUAAGUAGCUAAAUAUGUAUCUGUUUUCGGUGGUUGAGAGGCGGGGAGGAGGACGAGGUGGAGGUGGAGGUGGAGAAGGAAACCAAAUUGAAUACCGGGAAAGUGCGUGCCGACUGUGAGAGGUGGACGGGUGACUGGGCGGAGCGCCAGGCUUAAGCUUGCAUAUAUAGUAUAUAUUGUGGACCUUCCAAUAGACAAACUUAAUUAGAAAAUGUACACUUACGAGUAUUACGUAGAGUAUAUGAGACUACACAAAUCCAACAACGGCCUUAAACGACUUGCAAAUACCACAUAUGUAUGUAUGUACAUACAUAUGUAUUAUACGCUGAACGCCAAGCGCCGUCGAGGGCGCGAUUCAAGUAAUAGAACGCAAUAGAACUCAUGGCACGCACUGUACCAAUGCCGACUACUGCCCAUGGUUAUGUGAGUGAUUGAGUGAGUGAGGAGCGAGUGAGUGUUUUCAAUGAGUGUUGUGUUCGAAUGAAAGUGAAAGUGAAUGUUUGUUGUUAAAUCUUAAUUUAAGACGGCCACAUUUGUAAGUAACACUUAGCUACAAAGAUUUAUGUUUAAUGAGCGGAUCAAGAACACUAUCGAUAAAGCGAAUAAUGGAACCAUUAAAAUUAUAUAGACAUAUAUAUAUAAUGUAUGUACACACCCACACACUUAUACG